GAUACAUGAGGCCCAAUGUGUUUGAUAAGUUUUCUGAUCUGUCUGAUUGUUUCAGGUCAUAGUCUGAUUUCUGGAAUAGACCCCCCACGGCCCUCGGCAGGUCAGCAGGAAGUGCAUCUGAAGUUCCUAUUGACAGGACUGCUGUCUGGCCUUCCCCUACCUCCUUUUUCCCUCCGAAUGUGCCCCCCACUCACCACUAAGAACAUCAACCACUACCAGCCUCUGCUGGCUGUAGGUACAAGCAAUGGGUCUGUGCUGGUGUACAACCUGACCAGCGGUCUCCUGCACAAAGAGCUGAGUGUUCAUUCAUGUGAGGUCAGAGGAAUUGAAUGGGUUAGUUUGACUAGUUUUCUGUCUUUCGCCACCUCUGUUCCCAACAACCUCGGACUUGUAAGGAAUGAACUACAACAUGUGGAUCUACGCACAGGACGGUCCUUUGCAUUUCGAGGUGAACGUGGAAACGAUGAGCCAGCCAUUGAAAUGAUUAAAGUAUCACAUCUCAAGCAAUACCUUGUUGUGGUGUUCAGAGACAAACCAUUGGAACUCUGGGAUGUCCGCACAGGAACUUUGCUGCGUGAGAUGGCUAAGAACUUCCCUACUGUCACUGCUCUGGUACUACUACACACGCACACACACACACACACACACACACGUCUGGUUUAUUAUCUCCGUGGGGACAGUCCAUAGGCAUAAUGAGUUGU